AUGCCCCAAUGGCCCGCCCCCCUGCCCGCCCUCGCCGGCCUCGACCUCGCCCGCCCGCACGCCUCGCCCCCCGUCAGCCCAUCGUCGCACCACCACCACCACCACCACCACCCGUCCUUUGCUCCCCAGCUGCCUAACCACGCGCCCGCCCUCUCGCUGCCCUCCAUCCACGAGGCCCUCGGCUCCGGCCCCGGCCCCGGCCCCGGCCCCGGUCCCGGUCACGGCCACAGCGCCUGCGCCAGCACCAGCACCAGCACCAGCACCGCCGCCAGCGCCCUCCCCUUCCCCCAACACGCCGCCCCGACGCCCGCCGCCGCCGGCCCCAGCGGCCCGCCCAACCCCUUUUCGGCCGCCCCCUUCGCCCCCUUCGACCACCACCAGCACCACCAACACCCCCAUCCCCAGCUCCAGCAUAACCACCAGCACCAGCACCACCACCAACACCACCACCACCACCAGGCGCCCUCCGCCUCCAGUCGCUCCGAGGAACGCUCCAGCGUCACCUCCCUCCGCUCCCAGGACUCGCGCAACCCGUCCGUGCUGUCCCGCGCCUCCGCCCGCUCGCCCUCCCACGGCAGCAGCUCCAAGACCGCCGCCCAUUCCCACAGCCCGGCCUACGAAGCCCGCCGCGUCACCACCACCGCGACACCCACCGCCUUGCCCUCGCCGCCUGCUGCCUACGGCCUCUACCCGCCCGCCGCCGCCGCCCCUGCCUACGAGCUCCAGCAGCGCCCCGCCUUCUGGGCCCCCGAGCCCGCCGACGCCACCCCCAAGCCCGACGCCCGAGCCCGCCGUCCCGCCAGCCUGUCCGUCGAGCCCGCGAAGCGCCAUUUCGACCUGUUCGAUCUGCAGACCUCCUGGAACGAGGUUGUCGAGGGCACCUGUCGCACCCUGGACUUCUCGCGCGUGCACGCCGCCCGCAUCUACCAGGCCAACCGCUCCGAGCACACCCUGCCCACCCUGGCCGAAAUCGACGACCUGCUGCAGACCCAGCGCCGCAACCUCGAGGCCCUGGGCCGCAUCCGCGGCGCCGUCCUGGACCAGGAACACGCCAUGGCCCAGCAGCGCGAGCGCAUGCGUCUGCUGCACUCCGAGCCAGGGGGCCCGGCCGCCUUCCGCGACGACGCCAAAGCUGCCAGCGGCGGGUUCGCCGGUGGCGACGCAAAGCGGCGCCGGGGGACCAUGGGUUUCCUGGCGUCUAUUUCCUGGCCUGCAAUUGCGGCAGCACUCCUUGUCUACUGCGGGCUGUACAUAGCCUGUCUAGUGAUCUACCGUCUCUAUUUCAGCCCCAUUGCUCACUUCCCCGGUCCGCUGUUACCUCGCAUCACGUUCUGGUAUGAAUUCUACCACAACUGGUUCAGGACCGGCGAGUAUUACCUCCGGAUCCGUGAAAUGCACGAUAAAUACGGCCCAAUUGUCCGUGUGUCCCCGGAAGAGCUGCACGUCUUGGAACCGUCGUUCUAUCACCAGUUGUUCGUAACCAGUGCGGUUAGAAAAAGCGAUAGCUACAUGAGGUUCUCUCAAGGCACAGGCUAUGAAGAUCUUGCAGCCAUCUCCAGGACCCACGAAGACCACCGUCUAUCUCGAGUGCCGCUGGACCCUUUCUUUUCACGCGCGGGCAUUGUCAAGGCUGAACCUAGAGUUGUGGAGCGAGUGAAGAGGCUGCGGAACAGACUCAACGCAUUGGUAGAUAAAGGAGUUCCAAUAAACUUGACACACGCUCUGAGUUCCCUGACGACUGAUAUAAUCUCAUCGGUAAUCUUCGACGAACCAAGCGACUACCUUGCGGACCCAACAUUCAACGACCAAUGGUUCCAAACGCUAAAGCAUGGAAAUAAAAUCCGACGGCAGGUCCUGGAAACCAAGUUGCGGCCACCCGACGAGUGCAAAACGCGGAACAACAGCACCGUUCUCGACCAUCUCGUGCACAACGACUUCUAUGAAUCCCGGCUCGGAAGUAAAGGCUAUUCAAGACUGGCCCAGACUCCUGUGUCGAUGUCCAGCUACUGGAUGCACCGCGACGCUGGCGUGUUCUCGAACCCCGGCCGAUUCGAGCCGGAACGCUGGUUCUGCCGUGGCGUGCAGCUGCGGAUCAUGCAGAGCCACUAUGUGACGUUUGCGAAGGGGUCGAGGGCGUGCAUGGGCCAGAACCUGGUGUACAUGCAGCUUUAUCACACGCUGGCAGAGCUGUACCGGCCGGGGGCGCCCCGGCUGCGGCUCUUCCAGACGGAUGCCAGCGACGUGGUGCCCAAGCAUGGGCUGCUGUUCCCCUUCCCCAAGCUGGCGUCGGUAGGCGUGCGGGUGGCGGUGGAGAGCCGGGCAGACUAG